CUAUAUUCCAACCACUAUUUGAGAGCAUCUAUAAAUUGAAGAGAUCAUAAACACGUAGGGGAGGAGAGCAUCCCUAGAGAUGACCAAUAGGGCAAGGAUUGACGAGGGCCUGAUGUUCGACCAUCUCUUUACAUUAGUGGAUGGAGUCUAGAGAGAGGGCAUUCCCGGUAGCUGCCCGUAGUACCAAUCGGCUCUUCUCAGAGGUUUUGAAGGGAGACAAUAAAGUCUAUGGGCAAAUCAAAAUGGAGGGUUACAAUGGAGCAGUUCUUACGUUCACCAACAAGGAAAUCCAGGUGCUGUCGUCAAAGUACAAGUAUGCUGUGGUUGGAAGAAUGGCCAAAUUUAUUGCCAACAACAGCAUUGCAGAGUCUCUCAAGAGGUCAAGGUUUGGGAGGGUUCAAAGUCAGCAUCCUAACUCGCUUCCAGGUGCAAGGAAGAAGCUAUAGAGGAGUCUACUCUGCUGCAUGGGCCUACUACUCAGUACUCACUUUAUUUGUAAGUCCAGAAAUCAUUGCUUAUUUUGAAGGAGAGGUAUCGAUGUUGAAGAAGCUUUUGCUCAUGUUAAAUUCAAACUUUGUUCCUAUAUUAAUAAUAGUAGAUCCAAUAC